GUAUACGAAUCGACGAAGGUCUGGCCGUGUGGGGUCGUCUCGCCGCCGCCGACGCCGAGUGCCGGCAGCCGAAGCAACGGGCAGCCCAGGACUGCGUCGAGCUGAGGACGUGAGAGCCUCUGGACGCCGGCGACAUGUUCGACGGAAUGAACAAGAAGGCGGCCGCAGCGAGCGGCGUGGACCGCAUCAGCGACCUCCCCGACGCGCUGCUCCAGCACGUGCUCUCCCUGUUGCCGGCGGAUCAGGCCGUGCAGACGUCCGUGCUCGCCCGCCGGUGGCGGCACCUCUGGAAGGGCAUGCCCGCCCUGCGCCUCGUCGGUCCCAAGACGAGGUUCGCGACCGCCCAGGACUUCGACAGGUUCGUGAACCGUCUCAUCGCCGUCCGCGGCCAUUUGCCUCUCGUCAGCUGCGAGGUCGAGGCGUACGCCUACCUGACCUGGGAUGAUUAUGGUCGUGAGCCUGAGGAGCCGGAGCCGCACCUGUACUUCGACUCCUGGAUCCAGUAGGCGCUGGCGUGCAACGUUCAGGUGCUCAAAGUCGUCGGCGAUCAUAUUGGCUCCGAAUCAGAACUUGUUGUGCCUCCUAUCUCCCAGCACCUGAGGUACUUGGAUGUUCACCAUGUAAUUGUGGACAAAUAUUCUUUGGAUUUCUCAAGCUGUCCAGUGUUAGAGGAGUUAAAGAUGAAGGAGUGCGGCCUUUGGGUGCGCAGCAUGUCAUUUCCAUUGCUGAAGCGUCUGUUCCUUACUGAAUGCAACUUCCCUGUGGAUCGUCGCGUCAGUAUUUCAGCGCCUGGUAUUGUUUCACUGCGCCUUCUGGAGUGUGGAGGCAAGACUCCUUUGCUUGAGAACAUGCCGUUGCUAGAAACCGCGUCCAUUGAUCUCUCACGCUAUGAGUGCAAGGAUAAGUGUGGGGGUUGUACUGAUGAAAGCUGCGAAGGUUGUCAUGGUUAUCCUGUUGGGAGUUAUCGGAGCAUACUUCUGAAUGUUCUGUCCAAUGCUAUAAAUUUGGAGUUGAAGGAUCAACCUGAAGUGUAUAUCUACAAAAGGGAUUUGGAAUGUUGCCCUGUAUUUGGAAGAUUGAAGACUCUUUUACUCGACAUGUGGUGCAGGCAUGUUGAUAUGCAUGCACUGGUUCGCAUUCUUCAGCACACGCCUAUUCUUGAAAAGCUUACAAUUCAGCUUCGUAGUGACAAGAAUUUCUUAUGCGCAGGCCGAGGUGAAAGAAAACAUGUUCGAAUAGUGCAAUCAUUUUGUUGUGCACAACUUAAGGAAGUCAGCAUAGAAUGUGAAGAGAAACUAAGGGUCAAGGAUAAGGUCAGGCAAAUUGUGAAGAUCUUGAAUAGAAAUGGCAUACAUAAAGAGCAAAUCACUUUCAAGAAGCUCCCAAGGCCAGAAGUGUAUCGUCUGGUGGCUGUGUCACCUAGGGCCUUUGAUGACAACUGGUCGGGUGGCGAAUAAGGUGGUGGUGUUGGGUCGCGAACUCGCGAUGUUGCUCCAAGCCUGUUAUGUCAUUUCUCCAAAUCUUUUGCAAUGGUGGGCCCUGUGCAGGCCGUUGGUUUCAAUGGUGCAACUAAGCUAAACAAUUUCCAGUUCUUUCUGUUUAAGACAUCAGUAUUUCAUUCAGUUUUCCAUUUUGUCAGUCGACUCAAACACUUAUUUCUCAACCAAUGAGAAUAGCUGUCAGAUGCGCAUCAAGAUAUGGAUUCGGUUUUUUCC